UAAAGGAAGGGUGGUGGACUGGUGGCGUUGUCAUUUGUCAAUCAGAAGAGGUUGGGUCUUGAUGAUAUACACAUACAAGCGGAUGACUAACGAGAGGUUAGUUAAAUUUAAGCGGCCGCCAUACUGAGGUGGUCACGCGGUGAUUGGCCAACACGUGGCUGUGACGUCAGGAGACAUUAUGGCGGGCUCGGAGAUACACGCCGCCAACGAUCUCACCAUGUUUUUCAUUUCUUUUGUUGUUGGAGCCACUGUAAUUGUUUUAAUAUGGCUCAAGUGGCGCAUGAAAGACAGCAGCAGUGAAACGAGUGAAGGAAGCAGUAAAAAGAAAAGAGGGACAGAGUCCGCAUCCUCAAAGAAUGCCAGCCACAAGUCAUCAAAGAAAAAGCCAGUAACUAGGCGUAAAUCUGGGAACACCGUGCACUUUACACACUCUGAGCUGUUGACAUCAUUGAAAGGACACUCGGGAUCAAUCACAGGUGGCGGCUUCUCGGCAAAUGGCAAACAUUUCAUCUCUACGGCUGAUGUUGGAAGUGGUGGACGUUUUGAUCCUGGCGGAAGAAGGGUUGACAAGAUGAUCCCUAAUAAGAACAAUUUCGCUCUGGACGACACCCUGGACCUCUCCUGCAUCUCUGUGGGUGGCAGUAGCAGCAGCCUGGAAGAGAUUGAUAGUUCGUCGGUCAGCAGCAGCAGCCACGUUGCUACCAGCAACGCCCCAUCUGACACAGAAGACUGUAUGAUGGCUUCAAAUAUUUCGAAAAUGUCUCGCAGACAACGUAAGAACAAGAACAAGAAAAAUAAAUGUCGGGGAAGUUUGUCAACCAGUCAAGGUGGGACAUCAAGGGUUGUGAGUCAAAGUACAAAACUACUUUUUGACACCCUUGGCAAAACAGAGGAACAGCUAUAUGAUAUGUUUUUUCCACUUUGUUGUGGGACAGAGGAGAGAGUGCUUAAUGGUUACCCAUAUGUUAGUAAUCUUGGCGUAUUUGUAUUUAGAACCUCUGGAUUCACUACAUUGGCGGGGGUUUUGAGUGGUUGUGAACUAGUGGAUGCAGAGAUGAAUAACAAGCAACAAACAAGUAUUCAUGACAUGGACAGUGUUGAAGAUAACAGUUCUGAUUAUUCUGAGCCAGAAUCUCUUGAAGAUGUGAGUACGAGUGAUAGCUAUCACGAUGACUGCCAGGAAACCUCCUCUGGUAUUAGCUCUGACAGCAAAGAUAGUGAAUGUGAUUAUGAGGGUACUUACGCCAGUGAUUUGGAUGUUAAUAAUUGCUCUAAUUUUGAUUCCAGUCUCAUAUACGAAGAAAAGAAACUUAGCAGUUUUCAGUUAAUUGAAAAAUGUAAGAGAUGUAAACAAAAUUUUGAUGUAAAUGAUAAUGGAAGGAGAGCAUGUCACUAUCACCCAAAGAAAGUGACGAUGAGGAAGGAUGAUCAGCUACGAUAUCAGUGUUGUAACAAAAUGAAAGGUGUACAGGGAUGCACCACAGUACCAAUGCAUGUAUAUCACAAUCUAAAAUCUGGUGUCAAUGGGCCAUUAGAGGGUUUUAUUGCCACCAGAGGAGGAGGAUUGAGAAUCCUGGGUUUAGAUUGUGAGAUGGUCUUCACUACAGAGGGUUUUGAAUUAGCAAGAGUGACUAUAGUCAGUAUUACUGGGAAAGUAUUGCUUGAUCUCUAUGUAAAGCCCAAUGGACGAGUGUUUGAUUACAACACACAGUUCUCAGGCAUUACUGCUGGACACAUGAAUCAAGCCAUUUCAUUCAAUGAAGCCCGGGAAAGGGUAUUGAGUGUGGUGUCAAGUUCCACCAUCCUUAUUGGUCACAGCUUAGAGGGUGACCUUUCAUCACUUCGAAUGGUUCAUCGCAUUGUUAUAGAUACUGCCUUACUCUUAAAGGCCCCCCAAAAUUCUCAGUCGGUAGUAAAUAAGCAAUCAUUAAAGUCAUUGGCCAAGAGGCAUCUUUCUCGGGAUAUUCAGAAAGGUGGUAGUAAGGGCCAUGACAGUCUAGAGGAUGCUUCUGCUGUCUUGGAUUUAGUUCUUAAUCGUUUUAUUGAAUCUCGUAAAGUUUUUAAAGUUGCACCGUUACCAGUUGCACUUCAGAAUAUGUGAUGUGAUUCGUGUAUAAGUUUUUUAAUUUUAGCAUACAGUACAGUACUGUACUUUUCAUACAGAUGAGUGUUUAUGCUCUGGGAAUCAUGUAAUUGAUCAUAUCACAUAUUGUGCCUUAAUUAUGUACUCAAAAGUUGCCUGUUGGGAUUUUGUUUGCUUAAUACAUGUUGAAUGCUCUGUUUUUGCUCAAAGCUUUUUUCUUAAUUUUUAUUAGUUUAUGAAUGCAUUGAGUGCAUAGCAGUUUUAAAAGGCAUUUACUGUAAUAUAUUCCUAACAGGAAAAAAAUUGUACUUGUAAUGUGGAACAAAGGUUGGUACAAUUGGAAAUAAGUUAUUUCGUUUUUUAACCAAAGUGUGAGAUGGAAUGAAUGGUGUAAUAGUGUGAAACUCAUAAUUUUAGUUAUUUAUCUUACAUAGGAUAGGACCAUGUGGCAGCUUUUAUAUUUAGGGUUACUGGUAGAUAUUUUUUUUUUAAGUGGUUGUGAUUUGUGAAGAUAGGUAGGUAGUGGUUAGUCUUUUAUAGUGUAUAGUUUGCUACAUUUUGAUACUAAUUGUGUUUAAGCAGAGACAGUGUCUUGGCAACAGGCAUAGCUGUUGAACAUGUAGUUAUAGCUGUGAUAAUUAGCAUUCCAGUUUUGGAGGAUUUAUUGAAAAUGCUGUUCCAUGCCAAUUGGACUUGUGUGUGCAAAUCAGGUGGCUGAGGUGUGGGCAUGGCCUGUCUACUUUGUCUGGCUUAUCAACUUAACAUAUUUUAGUGCCAGAAAAUGCAUGGAAUGGCCAGUUACUGUACUUGGCUUUCAUGUGGAUUUCUUAGUUAAAGUAUUAAAAGUUACUCCAAGCCAGCUGAGCGUGUAGCCAUCAAUGACUGCUGUAUUUCUCUAUUCAGUAGUUAUCAAAAUGCUCUACACUUACUUCGAGUAGUACUGUGUGCGCCUUUUGUUUUAAUAGCAUUCAAAAUGGAAUUCCCUUGGUUUGUUUUUAAUGUGAUGUAAGUUUAAUUUUAGUUGAAUGUGAUUACCUGACAAUUUCUGUAGUGUUGUGAUGGUUUGAAGCUAAUUUUUAUUUUGGAAACGACACUUUGUAACUUGAACUUGUAUUGUCCUAGAAAUUUUUUUUUUAUAUUUCUUGAUCUCGUAGUUUAAAUCAUAAUUGUCUUUUCUAUUUUGUCAGUAAAUAGAUUAAUUAUUGUAUCAUAAAAUUUCUAUUGGUUAUUCGGUGGAUUUGGUGUCGGACGUGGCAACAUAGGCGCAGUUUCUAUAUUUUUAUACUGUAUCAUUAAUUUUCUUUUUGUUUAUGGUGGCCUAAAGGUGGAGAAGUGUACACUGUUUGAAGGCUAGGCAAUGGUUUGGAUGAACUUGAAUUGUAUUUUUAUUUUUAUCAUCUUUCUCUACUUAAUCUCUUCACUUUUAAUCUUUCCUUUUAUGGGACAAAAUUAUACAUCUUUUAAUAGGUCUAAAUGCAUGAGAAUAGUCCCAUCUCAUCAUGUUCUUCAAUCAGUUAGCUUUUAUUAAACAGGUUUAAUGUUUCAGUCAUUAAUUUAGGGUAAUUUGAACAUUUAUAGUCAGUCACUAAACAAUGUCUCUGCAGCUAUUUAGAAACAAAAACUGAAAAUUAAAAAAUUGUUAUGCAUAAGAUAAUACUUAGAUUACUAUGACUCGGUGAAUUCCUUUGAAGUAAACAUUAUAUACAGUAUUGCCGUUAAUAAAGUUUUAAUUCCU